UUGGGACACAGGGACAGGGACCUGGACAUCGGGAACGGAACCGGGAGCGGGAUCAGAACCGGGACAUCGGGAACGGGAUCAGAACCGGGACAUCGGAACCGGGACAUCGGAACCGGGAUUAAAACACCAGGACCGGGACAUUGGGACCGGGAUACUGGGAGCAAAACCGGAUUCUGGGACAGCGGAACCGGGACCGAGAGCAGAGAGAGGAUGCGGCUGACCCCGGUGGCCCUGGUAGCCCUGGUAGCCCUGGUGGCCCUGGCGGGCUCAGGGACACCGGAACCGGCCCGGGUGGCCCAGCUGGUGACAGAUUUUGGGCUGCGGCUGUUCCGGGCGGCGCUGGCAGCCCGAGGUGACACCAACGUCGUGUUCGCGCCCCUCGGGGCCACCUCGGUGCUGGUGGCCCUGCAGGUGGCCACGGCCGGGAGGGGCCGGCAGCAGCUGGAGGCGGCCACCGGCUUCAGCAUCGACGGCCCGGGGGUCUCGGCCGAGCUGCGGGGGCUGCUCCGGGCGCUGCGGGGGCCCGGCCACGUGCUGGAGGUGGCCCAGGGGCUCUUCGUGGCCCGCGGGGUGGCCCUGAGGCGCGGCUUCGUGGCCCGGCUGGUGCGAGCCCUGGGGCCCCGCAGCCUCGCCCGCCUGGAUCUCGCCAGCGGGGAGGGGGCGAGGAGGGUCCUCAACGCCUGGGCCCGGGAGCGGACCCGCGGGCUGGUGGCCGGGCUGGUGGCCCCCGGGGCGGUGGCUCCCGGCGCUCGGCUGCUGGUGGCCAGCGCCGAGUUCUUCCGGGGCUCCUGGGGGGUCCCGUUCCCGGCGCGCGCCACCCGCGCCCGGCCCUUCGGCCGCGCCGACGGCACCGCGGGCGCCGUGCCCAUGAUGGCCCGGACCGGGCGCUUCCGCUGCGGUGACUUCGAGACGCCGCAGGGGGUCCCGUUCACGGUGGCCGAGGUCCCCUACGCGGGGGGGGAGGUGGCCCUGCUGCUGGUGGCACCCGUGCAGCGCCACGUCCCCGCUGCCACCCUGCUGCCGCUGCUCGAUGUCCCCAAUGUCACCGGCUGGGUGGCACGGCUCCGCCCCGCCCCCCGCGUGCUCGUGCUGCCACGCUUCUCCCUGGAGACCUCCUGGGACCUCCGGGGUCCCCUCAAGGCCUUGGGGGUCCUCGACCUCUUCGACCCCGACAGCGCCGACUUCUCCCCCCUGUCAGGUGAGGAGCGCCUGGUGCUGGGCCAGGUCCUGCAGAAGGUGCGGAUGGAGGUGGCCGAAAACGGCACCGAGGCGGCCUCAGCCUCAGCUGCCGUGGUUUAUUCCCGCAUGGCCCCCCCCGAAAUCCUCUUGGAUCGACCCUUCCUCUUCCUCAUCCGGCACCACCCCACAGGCGCCGUCCUCUUCGUGGGGCAGGUGACGGAUCCCUGAGCGCCCCUGGGGGGGGCACCCCAAAAAUUGGGACACCCCAAAAUUGGGGACACCCCAAAAUGGGGGCAGCACAAAAAUGGGGACACCCCAAAAUUUGGGGACACCCC